UCAGGAUCCCGCGGCCCCAGCUGCAGCCCGGCUCGUCGCGGCGCAGUCGGCUUGAGUGCGCACGGCAGUGAGGAGGGCUCCUGCGCCGCCCCACCUUCAGCCGCUGUCUUCGGGCUGCGCCGCUUGAGCCGGACGCCCCUCCGCACUCCUCGCCGCCUCCAUCCCCGCGGCCGCCGCUCCCCUCACCGUUGGCGCGCACACCAUGACGAAGAAAGACAAGAAGUCCUUCAACCAAAGCCUGGCCGAGUGGAAGCUCUUCAUCUACAACCCGACCACUGGAGCGUUCCUGGGGCGCACCGCCAAGAGCUGGGGUUUGAUCUUGCUCUUUUACCUAGUAUUUUAUGGGUUCCUGGCUGCACUCUUCACAUUCACAAUGUGGGCUAUGCUUCAGACUCUGAACGAUGAGGUUCCAAAAUAUCGUGACCAGAUUUCUAGUCCAGGAGUGUAUGAGUUGCAGUUGCUGCAUUCCUGGGCCAUCACUUGGUGUGGUCAGUCCUUACCAUCUAGCCUUCUGGGGAGUGAGUGGUGGUGGCUCACUGUGGUUUUCAUUUGCCCUCCCUUCAUGAUUAAUGAUGUUAAGACAGAUGCAAAUCUGCAUAACAACCUUACUCUUGUUUACUGUGCUUUUCCAGGUAACCUCCUGAAAUUGACUCCCCCCAACAUCAUCUUUUAUCUUCAACUGAAGAUGGUAUUUAAGGUGGUGGCUUCAGCCAUUUUUUGGCCAGCUACUCAGUUUUCCUGGGUCUCUCCCAUGUAUACAGGAGCAUAUGGUUCAGAAGAACAGAAGAAUCUCAAAGACUGUAGUAAUGGAACAGUUAUUGAAAAGCAGGGUCCAGUCUAUGAUGUAUGUCAGUUUCCUGUUGGCUUACUUGAAGAGUCCAGUGGUGUGAAUGACCCUAACUUCGGCUACUCCAGAGGACACCCUUGUAUUCUGGUGAAAAUGAACAGAAUAAUUGGAUUAAAGCCUCAAGGAACACCAAGGAUAGAGUGCUCUAAUCAAAAGGGUGAUGACAAUGUAACUCUAACAGUUUAUCCUCCUGGUGGAAUUGUAGACUUAAAAUAUUUUCCAUAUUAUGGGAAAAAACUGCAUGUAAGUAUUUAGAAGUUCUUAAGUGGU